AGCAAACCAUCGCUUUCUGUUCUCCACUUUUCCCGUUGACUGCUAUGUGCUAUCGUAUCCUCACACCAACGGGGGGAACAAAUGGUCAUUGAACCGUGCUGUUGUGCAUUUAGUGUCAGUGUGCUGGUUUCAUGGCUGCAUGGCUGAGCUCCAGUCUGUGCACAUUGAUGGAGCAAAUCAAGCCUCGCUGUCGGCUUGUUUUGGGAGCUCUGCGUCGGCUUGGCUAAUUGAGCAAAAAAAAAAAAAAGGGGAGGGGGGGGCUGUUAUUAUUAUUAUUAUUUUUCCUGCUGUAAAUAGCUCAGAUGGAGGGAAAGCCCAUUCAGUCACUGGCUGUAUGACAAGUGUGUAAUGUAGCCAGGGCUCUUCAGUCUGCUCGCGUUGGUUCAAGGUAGCUGUAAAUGUGUGUGUGUGUGUGUGUGUGUGUGUGUGUGUGUGUGUGUGUGUGUGUGUGUGUGUGUGUGUGUGUGUGGACUCCAGUCAGAUGUGGAGGCCCAGGUUAGAGCACACACAUAAUGCGGCGGUGUUGAUCUGAAAGCUGUUUGUAAAGCUUGUGUGAGGGUGACAAGGAGCACAAAACACAGCAGAAAUCACAGGGCGAGCACUGAUGCAGAUGUGAGCACCAAAAAAACAAACAAACAAACAAACAGGAGAUGUUGUCUGGUUAGUGUUCAGUGCAACAUUUCGUCACAGAUGUGUGAGAUUGUCUAGAUAAUCCAGCAUGUUUUUCAUUCCUCAUCUGAAGCCAGCAUGUACUGACUAGUUUGUGGUUUGCAGUAAUAACUUUACAGGAAACUUACUGUAUUUUUUAAUAUAUUGGGCAUAUUAUUCUUGUAAUAAUUUGUAGUGUGGAGUCUCCGCUCACUUGCUUUUUCAGACUAUUUAACUUGGGAUGCACCGAUACAACUUUAUCUCUCCAGAUACCAAAGCUGAGACCUCGAUUCAGUGUAUCUACCAGUGCCGAGGCAAUACAGGGGGGAGAACAUCCGGCUUCUCUUGAAGAUGUCAGUCCAACAAACUAACUGGCUUGUGACCACGAUGCCCAGUAGAAGAUCCUGGGAUUGAGACGUGAAUCCCUUUACACUGAUGGCCUGGACUGAGUUUCAGCUGGCCUGCUGAAGCUAUGGGGAGCUGUUGGAGCUGUCUGUACAGAGACCCCAUCCGAGACAACCAUCUCACCAAAUUUAAGGUCAUCAAUGUGGACGAUGAGGGCAACGAGCUGGGCUCUGGGAUCAUGGAGCUCACCCAGACCGAACUCAUUCUUCACACACGCAAGAGAGACGCCAUCCGGUGGCCGUAUCUCUGCCUGCGACGUUACGGCUACGACUCCAACCUGUUUUCUUUCGAGAGCGGUCGCCGCUGUCAGACUGGGCAGGGAAUCUUUGCAUUCAAGUGUUCCCGGGCAGAGGAGAUCUUCAAUCUGCUCCAGGAGCUGAUGCAAUGUAACAGCAUCAACGUGGUGGAAGAGUCGAUGAUGAUGACUCGCAGUGGUCACACGCCAGAGAUGGAAAUGUCUCGCACACCGCAGACUCCCAACACUCCAGCGUUCCCUGUCCAGGCUUUUCCCAAUGGAUACCCUGGUUAUCCAAUCAGAGGUGAUUCCUCCCAACCCUCUCUUGCUGAUGAUCAUGGACAUAGCCUCAUGGGUUUGGAAGACCAGACCCACACCUAUGUAAAUACUGUUAGUAUGGAGGGGGAUCUCUCUAUGCGUCACUGUGUGCACUCCCUACCUGAGGUGCGGCCCAGCACUUUCCCUGAAACAACACGGGGAGCCAUGCCCAUCGGGGGCCAAGGAAACGCACAGUCCAACCUGCGGUGCUGUCCCCUGGAGGAGCAUAAAGAUCCUCAGGUGUUCUUACAGCCGUCCUCGCAGGAGGUCAAAUUCAUGCUGGGCCCCACUCCAGCACAGCGCCAUCUCAUGGAGAGGGAGAGAGAGAGGGAAAGGCAUGGGCACAAUCCUCACAGCCUUCAGCCAGUAGAGGGUGCAACAGGCUCAGAGACGGAAGGAGACGAGCCCUCUAUGCACAUGUGCAACUCUCACUCCUAUCAUCAUUUCCAUCACCACGCACACCGGCACCCAGGCCAUGAGCAUCCGGACGGCUGCCAGAGCGGCGAGCUCACCUACGAGAACAUCAACGGCCUGAGGAGCGGCAGGAAGCAGCGACUGAGUCCCAGCAGCGUGUCGCAGUCUGUGGGGUCGAGCAGCAGCAGCAGCACUGGGGACAGUCACUCCCACUCUCUCCUUCACCCACACGCUCAUGGCCCGUCGUCUCUACCUCCGCAGGGCUACGCUUGCGAGAGGGGCAUGGGUGGAGGUCACCGUCGGACAGCUUUGCUCAACUACGAGAACCUGCCGUCUCUGCCCCCCGUGUGGGAGUACAGCGCUCUGCAGCGGGACGACGAGCAGGAAGAGGAAGAUGAUGAGCAGGAUGAGGAUGAAUAUGAAGAAGAGGAGGAAGAUUUUGAUGAGUAUGAGUUCUCAGAAGGCCCUGGGACACCCAAUGGGUACCACCAGGAUGGUCGGGGCAUCCACAGAGAUGCCCUGCAGAACUAUGUCAACACAGAGCAGGUCCAGCCACCCCGGCUCCGACACACCUGCCCCCCACACCCGCGGCCAUGUCAGCCAGACAGAGGGGGGCGAAUAUUUAGCUUUGAUUUCCGCAGACGAUCGAGGUCAGGGGUUGGAGGCUGUGAGCACGGCCACAUGCCUCCAUCACGGCAGCUGAACUACAUCCAGGUGGACCUAGAGGGAGAACCUCCCUGCCAAGCCCUCAGCGGCGGGGGUGCCCAGACCCAGCCACAGCACCAGCGCCUACCACCCAAAAAAUGUGGCCAGCAGGCACCCCGGCGCAGUGAAUGCUACGCAGUUAUUGACCUAAAGAAGACCGCUGCCAUGUCCAACCUGCAGAAAGCUCUGCCCAGGGAUGAUGGGACUUCCAGAAAGACUCGCCACAACAGCACAGACCUGCCUCUGUAAACGGUGUUCAAACUGAAGAGGAAAGAUGAAGACAGAUGAAGGCUUAUCCUCAUCUUAGCACACUGGACCCUUCACUGUCAUCCAUCCAUUCAACUGUCGGGCUGACUAAUACAGUACAGGUACCUAAUUAGAAACUUACUGAAACCUAUCUGUGCAUAUAAAAGGAAAAUCUCUGAGGAGAAUUUGCCAUUUUAUUCUGUGUUAUUUAUUAGAUAUGUGGUGUGAAGCUCUCUCAAGAAUCCUGCAGUUUCAACUGCAAAUACUGUUUGCUGGAUAUAUGGAUAUAUUUAUAAGCAUAAAAUCAUGUACAUAUGAUUUUAUGCUUAGCUUAGAGCAGAGACCUCUGUUUUCAGUGGAAGCAGUCAUUGCCAUACUGUAUUAGAAAAAUUUGAUUCUUAAACCCAUCUCCACUCACAAAUCGUAUUGUUGCCAUCAUUUACUUACCUACAUCCAUGUGCUGUUUUUUUUUUUUUUUUUUUUUUUUCCUUUUUUUUUUAUAUUCAAUCACUACGAGAAUCAAGAACCCUCGUUACAGAAGGUGUAGAGAGUAGUUGUUGGCAUGAAAGAUGGUUAAUGGUUCCUUUAAGAUACUGGCCAAUGUUCAUACCUCAUCACAAGCACCGAAGUCUAAUAUCAUGGCUGGUAGAAGAGACUAUUAUUGUUAAUAUAUGCCUAUGGAGCAUUUUGCACACAAUCCUAUGGAAUUGUAUUUAUCAUGUUUUAGAAAUGGUUUCGUCCAAUCUGAGUUUUCACAUUGACAGAAAAAUGAGAUAUUUUGAGAAUUAGACUAAACCGAAGGGGAAAGUAGCACACAUGGAUUAAAUGAGCUUCGGCUCCCUCUUAUCCACAUGCAGCAAUUUGAAAAAAAAAAAAAAAAAAAAAGAAAAAGUAGCAUAUCAUUCUCGAUCACGCCUCCUGUUUUAUCAUCCCAGACCUGCAGGAGGUGUACACGGUUUACGCUUGUCACGUUGCACUUUUGAUCCCGGGCCUCUGAAACACCCUCUACUCCUACUCCACUGGAGCCACAAGGUUCGACCGUGUUGUUUUAACCCAAAGCAGGGGGCCAAAUAUUUCACGGACAUUCUUAGUCUGCAUAGUAAAUAAGAUUUAUUUAAAUGUUUUGACGGAGACAUCGAUAACCUCAAAAAGUGGCAUUAAGCUAUAACCUCACAUGAAGUGUGCUGAUUCUAUAAUUUGUCAGGUGUGAAUGGGUCUGUUUUUAAAGGGUAAUCAAGUAUGUCGCAAAGUCGUGCAGUGAAGAUUUUUGUGAGGCUAUUUAUCAACCUUUUUAGUUAGAUAUUUAUUUAUUUGUUUAUUUAUUUGUUCAUUCUUUUUUUUUUUGUAAUCAUUUUGUUUUCCAUGUGAUGACCUGCAUUUUGUAAUCCAGUUGGUAAUAUGGAGACCAAAGUUUCACCUCAAAUUAUCACUGGAUAUACUUGGUGUAUUACUGUUAUAACUGUGCUUAAUUAUAUUUAAAGAAAAAAAGAAAGACUGUAUUUAUAUUUUAAGUGCCAAAACUUAAUUGCAAACUGUACAAUGAAUAAAAUCAAAUGUGCCAUUAGGAUUUGUAGGAAACAAAUACGACAGAAAGGCAUCAGGUCAUAACACAGCGAAGGCGGCGGUCGGGAGACAAACUUUAAAAAAGAAGUAGAAAUUAAAAUGACAAAAAAAACAAAAAAACACUGCACAUUCCACCUCAUCCACAUUGACAGCCAUUUUGAGGGAGAUAUGAGAAUGGUAAUCUUGUAGUCUGAUAAUCACAGUUAGGGUGGUUUUAUGCUGCUACAUGUACAUACUAACAGUAGCCCAUGUAAGCGACAGGUACUUGUCAAAAAUGAAAAAUGAUGUGUUCAAACCUAUGCGAUGUCAGAUCUUUUAUCAUUGUUAGCUAAUAGAAGUAGCAUUGUUGUGUUCUUCUGAGAUUAUUUCUGAGCAGUAGAAAUGUAACGUGACAUUUCAGAGAUUGUUUCAUUUGGCCAAUAUUUCCUUUCAUCAAGAUUGUUUUCCUGACAAACUGGCUGUCUAGUAGGAGAGGUAACGCAAGCACAGGCCCACUGAUGCUGUCAUCCUUUAUUUGAACAUUUCAGCUGACAGAGGAAGGCUAGAUGUAUUAGAUUUACACAUGUAUAGGCCUUCAAAUGCAGAUGUAUUAUGGCAUUUAGCUGAAGUUGGUCUUUUUUUUUUCUAAAUGAGAAUUAGAGAUGAAUAUGAGACACAAAUACAACUUCUCAACCUUUACAUAAGGUGGGUUUUUUUUGGCUUCUGUGUCACAUGAGUCAAAGUGCAAAGAGCGGAUUAGCUAAAGUGCAAAGAAAAGAUGAUUUCUUCAAAUUCGGUUGUGCAACUGCAAUGGGUGCUUCUGAUUUGUGCUCAGAUUAUACGUCACAUAACAAUGCUCCAACAAGCCCUGCCCACAAAACAGCACAGACAGAAAUCUCUCAUGUGAGUGCUUUAAGGGCUUUCUUGGCCUUAAAUAAUCUGUAAUAGUCUCAGAAAAUAAUGAAAAAAGCCCAUCGCAUUUUCCCACACAGCCCAUGAUGGCGUCUCAAAUAUCUCAAAUGUAUUCAACAUACAUUGAAAUACAACAGAGAAGAGCUGCAAAUCCUCACAUUUGAGAAGCUGGAAUCAGUGAAUAUUUGGAAUAUUUUUGCUUGAUAGAUGACUCAAAUUGUUGGUGAUUAAUUUUCUUUAGAUCAUCAAUGAACUAGUCAUUACAGCACUGGAUGUCUGCCAAAGUCAAAUAAUCUAUUACCAAUCUAUUAUUUUUAGAUAUGGGAUAAGAAGGCGUUUGUAUUGAAAUUUUUUGGUUUUUCCGAUUAUUUAAAUUUAAAAAAUGUCAUAGAACAGUGAAAUUUAAUUAAUUCAACCCAAAGUGACAUCCGCAAAACCCAAAUUUAUUCAGUUUACAAUGAUAUAAAGCAGAGAAAAGCAGCAAAUCCAAGAAUAAAUGACUUAAACAACUAUUUUUCAAAAUGUAAUCAAUUAAUCGACUCAAUGUUUCAACGCCGCAGGUUUGAUACACUGAUGUGAAAUUGGCACAAAUGUUCUUGGUCUUGUUUCAGAUGUACAUUCCCAACACAGAAGCCUUAAAAAAAAAAAAAAGUUGCAAGUCUGUCUUUUUGCUUCAUAAUCAUACUUUGAUAUACUUUUUUUUGUUUGUUUGUUUGUUUUUUUUUAAAAAGUUACUUCUCUAACAAAAAGGCCAACUUAAAGCUUGUCCUGAUACUGGCAUUUUUGACUGUACUUGCAGAGAUAUUGUCAUGAUCCACUGGAAGGAUGUUUACAUUUUUGCAAUAAUAGGUGAAUUAUUGUUUUGUCAAACUAAAUCAGACCAAUGUGUGAAGUGUGAAAUUUUAAAUAGUAGUCUUUAGAGCUGUGGGCUUGAUGUAUUUAAUCGCCUGUUCUUCUGUGAAUCAGCAGUCUUAUUAUUUCAGGAACGAUGUUUUACUUUUCAACCUUCAUAGUGCAAUUUUAGCUAUGAAAGUAAAAAAAAAAAAAAAAGUUUUAAAAAAAUGCCUGUUUUCUUGAUUGUCAGACACUGCGUGUUUGCUUAAACUCACAUUAACAGUGCCAUACAGUAGGUGACCAUUGCCAGUACCUAAAUUACAUUUUAUUCAAUGUAUUAAACUUUUCAAUGUUUCAUACAGAAAUCAGCAAGAGGUUCAUCUAAUAUCUCAGAAUAAUGUUACCUGUGGUUUUAUGGUCAUUUAAAAAAAAAAAUACCCAUGUUGAAAUGUGUUAACUAUCUUUGUUAUAACGCAGUAACCUCACCACCACCCAAACCAGUUAGCAGUGAUUACAGCAACGUUACCACAUCUCCUGUGUUUACUGAUUAAUAAUCAAAAUAAGUAGAUAUGUUAAAUAAUUGUUUUGUUUUCUUCAGAUCAUUCAGCACACAUGCGAACUCACUGCACUUGAGUUCAAAAGCAGUGCAGCGCCCAUCUCAUUACUUUUUGUGAUUGGCUCGGUGUAGAUGCUAUCUCAAGCAUUUCAUUCUCAGUGUUUAUGCCGGAGGCAUAAUUCACACAGGUGUCUGUGAAAUCGUUAAGUGCUGCUCAUGGGUGUGAUUGGUUCUGCUGGUGUAAUCUGCAGGGCAAGGAGACACACGUCGAGAUAACAACUCCCAUCAUUAAGUUCCCCAAACUGAAUUUAUUGAAUUGGUUGUUAAAUAAAAAGGGCUUGCUCAGUGUUUACUGUACCAACAUGAAAGCGUACAUCGAAGUCCAUUCAAAUAAAUUUCUCACUGUGCCUUUCAUAUUCAAGCUGGACAAAUGUUUUCACUGCUGUUAAUGAGGGCGGCUUGUUGUUUAAAAAAAAAAAAAAAAAAAAAAAAAUACCGCCUGGUUGAAAGUUGAAGACUGAUGAAGUUGAAAGAAGCUUUAGUGAAAGUAGUUUUCAUACUUCAAGUCGUAUUUCAUACUUGAAGCUGUAUUGUGCCAACUCCUGAUUGUUUUACACCAUCACCAUACUGUAUUUAAAGAUGAUGUCGGUGAAAGGACUAGUUUGACAUUUUGAGAUAAAUGCGUUUUCUUGCCUAGAGUGACAUGAGAAGAUUGAUGAAAGAAGAUUGAAAAUGUCGACUUUUUCCUUUAAGCUGUACAACUCAACCUAGAACGAAUCCGUUGUCAGUCAUCAUUAGUUGAGAUUACAUGAGACAGAAGAUAAUCGUAAUAAUCUGUUCAGUAGUUAAGGAGAUGCAGUGAAAUAGUCAAACUCAAUGUGACUGAGAAGGUAUUAAAUCAUGACUUGUAUGUUCUGUAGCAUAUAAUGUUAAUUACGUGUGUUUGUCAUUAUAAUGUCAUGUGACUAUGGUGCACUCCACGACUAUCUGAUUUCUCAUCAGCUGCAUUUUUGCUCUCAUAGUUCUGACGAAUGUAGAAAUAAAAUUCCUUUGUGAUUUCUUUCAGUGUUUGUGUACUUUUCCAAUUUACAACUUUUCAAAGUGCUACAAAGAUCAAUACGCAGUACAUGUAAGUCAGUUUGCAAGAAUACAGUGAGAACAGAAGGGAAGGCCAGCAACAUGGUUUGCACCAUAGAUUUACACAUCAUCUUCAUCAGUGGUAUUCAUCAUCAUCACUUCAGUGACUCUGUAUCAUCUUCAAAAUAUCACCCACUGAAGAUAAUCUCAAUGACAUAUUGUUCCCAUCCAUGCUACGAGAUAGAUAUCUGUCAAAAUACUGAAAGUAUCAGAAAACUGUAAUAUCUCUUAUUAUUAUUGUGUAUUUUUUUAUCUGGGUUGUUUUUGUCUGGUACGAGGGUGUAAUCGCCACCAGAGGGUGAUAUACAUGUACGGGUCUGAGCUGUACAUUUUUGUGACAGAUUUGUGUAUUUACAUAAAGGUUGCAUUGGCCUAACUUUGUAACUAUUAUAUCAAUUUAUGAAAUGAAUGAGUGCCAAAUAUGCUCAAGCAUGACAAAAUCCGGGACCUACGAGGAACUGCAGGUACUCUCUGACUCAUCAAGUGAGACUCGAGUGUCUCACUGCUGUUGUAGACUCUACUUGAGAUACGAAUGCGCAGCUUGAAGGUUCAACCAUGCUAAAUAUUUUUGCUGAAAGAGGGAAAUCUUCUUUAUGUUUUGUCUCAGUUUGAAAUUUGAAAAAAAAAAAAAAAGUUUCUUCAAAAUAUUUGUUGUAUGUUUCUGUGUCCAUCCAUGGCUUAUAAAUGAGUAUGCAGUGAUGGUCUUAUCAUGCUGCCAUUAGAAGUGAAUAUAAAAAGCUGAUUUGCUUCAUUUGUUGGACUGUCAAAAACAAACAUUUGGGUCAUUUCCAUUUUUAAAUCAUUCCACACAGAGAUGAGUUGUAUGUUAUCUGCACUCCUCUUCAUCCCACCCUGUCCCAAAAACAAAGUGAGCCUGACAUUUGGUGAAUUUUAUCAAUUAUAAGUGUGGAUUUGUCCAAAAUGUAAAAGUAAAUGUAAUUCCAAUAUUAAAAUGAAGCUAUGAAAAUAUCUUA